UGUGUGAGUGUGUAUGAGUUUUUUUCAUAGAGAAGAGCACACUGUAAAAGUGUCUUUGGAUAAUGGCUCCACCCCACUCCCCUUUUAGACGUGUGGAUGGUAAAUGCAGGAAAGCCAGCCAUUUUGCACUGUCCCUGCUAGAAAGUGGGCUGUCGUGGGAAGACGCUCUCAGUGAAAAAUAAUUAGCUGAAAAAAAUCCCACAAGUAUAGAAAUCCAUUCCCUUGUUCAGUAUACGUAUUAACCUAACUCCAGCCAUUUGAAAAGGGGGUGCACACCAGGGGACAAAAGUGACAUUUCAUACGGGAAAAGCCACUUACAGGCAUUUAUCAAAGACACUGGAUGGAUAGCAUCGACGCUGAAGCUCUUUACCUGACCACCACGCAGCAUGGGCAGCCUCAGUGCGAGCUUCCCCACACUGCUGUGGAGGUAUCCAGCCUGGGGGGAACCAAGAAGAUGAAUGGGACAAUGGACCACCCGGACCAGCCAGACAUCGAUGCCAUAAAGAUGUUUGUAGGUCAGAUCCCGCGGUCCUGGUCAGAGGAGCAGUUGCGGGAGCUGUUUGAACCCUAUGGUGCCGUCUAUGAAAUCAACGUCCUCCGAGACAGGAGUCAAAACCCCCCACAGAGCAAAGGUUGUUGUUUUAUCACAUAUUAUACACGUAAAUCAGCAUUAGAAGCACAAAACGCCCUUCACAACAUGAAAAUUCUUCCAGGGAUGCAUCAUCCCAUUCAGAUGAAGCCAGCAGACAGUGAGAAGAACAACUCGGUAGAAGACAGAAAGCUGUUUAUUGGGAUGAUCUCAAAGAAGUGCAAUGAGAAUGACAUUCGGCUCAUGUUCUCACCAUACGGUCAGAUUGAGGAGUGCCGCAUUCUCCGAGGACCUGACGGACUGAGCCGUGGUUGUGCCUUCGUCACAUUCACAGCCAGACAGAUGGCUCAGUCUGCCAUUAAAUCCAUGCACCAGUCACAGACCAUGGAGGGCUGUUCAUCUCCAAUCGUGGUGAAGUUUGCAGACACACAGAAGGAUAAGGAACAGAAGCGCAUGGCACAGCAGCUGCAACAGCAGAUGCAGCAACUCAAUGCUGUCUCCAUGUGGGGAAACUUAACUGGUCUCAACUCGCUAGGCCCACAGUACCUUGCACUUUAUUUGCAGCUCCUGCAGCAAUCCGCGUCCUCUGGGAAUGCGCUCAACAAUCUCCACCCCAUGUCAGGUCUGAAUGCCAUGCAGAAUCUGGCUGCGUUGGCGGCGGCAGCAAGUGCCACGCAGGCCACUCCAACUGGCAGCAGUGCGCUAACCACCUCCAGCUCGCCGCUCAGCGUGCUCACUAGCUCAGGUACGCCCACCGGACAACAGACUCACUCUGCCUGGGAUGGCUGCAAGGCGGGCUCCUCUCCCACCUCCAGUACUAGCUCAUCUGUGAAUCCCAUGGCUUCUCUGGGUGCCCUGCAGUCUCUUGCUGCAGGUGCUGGAGCUGGCCUCAACAUGAGCUCACUAGCAGGCAUGGCUGCGCUGAAUGGUGGCUUGGGCAGCGGAGGUCUGUCUAACGGCUCUGGCAGCACUAUGGAGGCCUUGACCCAGGCAGCAUACUCGGGGAUCCAGCAGUAUGCAGCAGCUGCGCUGCCCAGCCUCUAUAACCAGAGCCUACUUUCCCAGCAGAGCAUCAGUGCUGCUGGCAGCCAGAAAGAAGGCCCAGAGGGUGCAAAUCUGUUCAUUUAUCACCUGCCACAGGAGUUUGGUGACCAGGAUCUGCUUCAGAUGUUCAUGCCUUUUGGCAAUGUCAUCUCAGCCAAGGUGUUCAUAGACAAACAGACCAACCUCAGCAAGUGUUUUGGCUUUGUGAGUUACGACAAUCCUGUUUCGUCCCAGGCAGCCAUUCAGUCAAUGAACGGUUUUCAGAUCGGAAUGAAGCGACUGAAGGUUCAACUGAAACGAUCCAAAAACGACAGCAAGCCAUACUGAGUGCUUUUACUCUAAAAUGGACUUGGUUUGAAAAUGUGUUUCUGGUAAGUGGAGUGUGAUAUUGGAAAGUUAAAGCCUACCCCACCCUUAACCCUCUCCUACUAUUCCUUCACUCCUCUUGCCUUUCCUACAUAUCUUCUUUCUUAAUAACCAUCAACAAGAAAAGGAAAAGCAACAUGCAAAAUGAUAAAACCGUGAGGUUGUUCAGCUGAGAAAAUGGAUUCUUUUCAAUUGUUAGGUUUCAGGUUUUUUUAAUAUCUUUUUGUUUGUUUGUUAAGCAGUUUUUGGUGCCAUAUUACACGUUUGCUGUGUACAAAUCUUGCAUCAAAGGAUGUUGCACAAUGAAAGGCAGUCGUUGACUGCUCUCAGUUCCACAGUCAUUAUCUCCAUCUUGAUCAUGCCCCUGUAGAGUUUUGUCUUGUGUUUACACUAUAGACUCUAACAGUAUAUUUGGACAGUCAAACUGAUGCCUCCUACUAAGCUGCCUUUUAAAUAGAAUUUGGAGGUCUGCUGCAUAGAUUGCAAAAGAUAAUCGUUCUGUCACCACAAUGAUUUAGAGCAUCUGAAAGGUCGGGCUGCUCUCCAUUAGAUUCUGUUUUCAUAGAUGCCUUUUUUAUUAUUUGUUUAUUUAUUUCACUAAUUUAUUUAUUUAUUUUGAAUACCACUAAUUUUUCAUAAUGGGGUGAUGUUAAAGUACAGUCUGUUUUGUUUUUUUUUUCUUUUGUUUUGUUUUGUUUUUUUGGUUGUGUUUUAUUUUUCCUGGAGGACUCAGCUAACAGUGAUCUAUAUUUCAUUAGAUGUUUUCAUUCAUGUAUUUAUUUUUCACCUACCAAAAAGGAAAAAAACAAGCAGAAUUCAGCAUCAUCUUUUGGAUUGGUAUACUUUUCAAUAAUUUUUCGUAUUUUUUUGGCACAGUCUACUGUUUGUUGUUCAGCACAAGUCGUUGAUUGACUCAGCUAUAGGUGCAAAAGAAUGUCAUGCUUACUCUCAGGAUUGCCUCACUUUUGUCUGAUGAAAUUAACUUAUAAUGAACCCAGUACAGCAUAUAUAGCUGGAGUAUGAAGAGUCUCACUAAUAUAUACCACUUAUGAUGGGCUGGACAGAUCAAUACUAUUUGUAUGCAUUGCAUUACACAGACAUACACCCCUGGUCAGCCCCAUUCAUGUAGCCUCAAGGAUGAUUCAAGCCACUUUAUUUUGCCCAAAGGCAUUUUAAUGAAUUACUGUUCACUGCUGGUAUCACUUGUGCCACGGAGAUGAUAUUCAGACUCAAAGUAUUAUAAAUAACAUUUAGACAGACAUUCAUUCAAGUUGCCUACUGGACAUGUUUAAUCUUAAACUUGAUGGUGGUUGUUUAGAACAAUCUUCCACCUUGGUGCAAGUGGAUGUUGUAUGCUUUCAGCAAUAAUUGCAUCCUGCGUGUGUCUGAAGUUACAAAUGAUAGUGCUUACAAGGAAAAACGGCCUUACGCUGUUCGGUUUCACUUUUUUUGUUUCUUCCACUCCACUAAAUUUUACCAAUUUGUUGUACAAAUAACUGCGCAAUUAGUUGUUGUAUUUCUACCCCCUUUUGUUAUUUUCUUCCUCUCUAAAAGUAGUCUGCUUUGCCUCUCUGUGUGGGUUUACUAAUUCUAACACCGAACCCCUAAAGAUCAUCUAGUUUAGCAUGACUGAGUUACUCUGUACACUCUGAAAUUGUAUUCAUGAUUGAUUGCUACUGAUCAGUAAAUGUUUAUCAUAAUGAGGAAAGUUUAAUCAGUGCAUACUUGAGGCCUACAGGGUCUUAAAUUGUUUUUAUGGGAAUGGAAGAGAAAAACCAUUGUCCAGAUCGUGUAUAUUACUUAGCUAUUAAGCCUUUUCUAUUUUUAUAGAGGUUUUAUAAUAUUGCGUAAAUUAUUUCUCUGAAUUAAAAAAGACGAUUGUUUAAUAAUCACUCAAAAGAUUCAACAGUAUUUUGUAGAAUCCUGAUGUGAAGUUUUGUGAAUACAUUCACAGAUUGUUAAAGCAACAGGCAUGUGGCCCUUUUUAGCUAAGUGUUGUAUAUUUGUCUUUGUCCAACACUCAAAAAUUGUAUGGAACUCUUCAUGUGUUGUCCCUGGGGUGCUGAUGUCUCUGAAGCUGUUCCAGUGUUAAGUUUAAGUUAUUGUACCUUGGAAACACUCUGUCUCCAGAACUUAUGUUUACUCCUAUACAGAAUGACAAGAAAGCGUGUUUCUGUAGUCUGACAGUUGUGACGCGUUUCUGUAAAGCAGGAAUAUUUCUUAAAAUGCGGUCAUUGCAAUUAAUGGACUUGGUUGAUUCACUUAUGGUAACCACGUCACAUACAGUGCCCUCCAAAAUACUGGAACAGUGAAGUCAACGUUUACUGUGUGUAUAUGCAAGCAAUUUCAAUUAAGGUACAAAUGUGGAGAGCAGAAUGUUACCUUUUUUCCUCAGUAUUUCUAUUCAUGAACUGAUAGCUGCAGAAAAGCUUGACAAAGCCUUGUCAUAUGAAGACUGACUUCAUAUGCUGCCAAUUGUACCCCCCCCCACCCCGUUCCUACUUAAAAAGGGGCUUCAAAAAAGCUUGCUUAGAAAUUCAAAGAUGUAAAAGGUAACAUGAUGCUUUUCACAUUUCUUUAUGUAUUUUAAGCUAACUUUAUAAAUUACAGUUGGUAUUACCACAUGAUCCCCUUACUGUAUGAUGUCUAUGUGAGGAUUUGUGUAGUUAUUGUGUAGGUCCUACCAAAAUCUUUACUAAGAUAAUGAGUAUUAUUGAAUAUUGACUAACACUUUGGUUCACAGUAUAACUCCUGGGAAAAUGAUCAUAUUCUUAAAAACUGUAAAAUCUGGUGAAUUUAGUUUUCAUAUGGUGGUAUUGUGUCUUUUACAUGAACUGCAAUAGCUUUAGUGCUGAACCCUGGUCUUGGAGCCCUCUUUCAGUGUUAGAUUCUGGUCCUGGGAAUCAGUCCCUGAUUUGUGCCUGUGUGAAACCAAUACACAUUCAUACAAAUGGUAAUCAAAGAAACUAGAAGAAACCAUAAGGGGUGUUCUAGCACAGUGCUGAUUUUUCUGAAUCCAAAGAUCCUUUGAAACUUGUCGACUCUGCCCAGUACUUGUUACUGGUAUGUACCUGUUAGAGAAAUCAUUUUUUGUUGUAACAUUCAUUUCUAUCAGGAGGGUUCUGUUUAUGUAGAUCUGCUACGUUAGGCACCUUACAGAGAGCAGCUGCAUAUUGACAGUAAGGCAGAAUAAUUCCACUGAUGUGCCAAACAGUCCUAUACAAGCUGCUUGUGGAUCAUUUCGUCUUAAUAUUCUGCAACUUGAAUAUACACUCUGUAGCUCUGUUUCCAUUAUUUUAUUAUUAUUAUUAUUAUUAUUAUUGUAUCCACUUUUUCACCUUCAGGUAGGAAAUGUAACUCCACUGGUUUUGCCCAUUAUGGAAAUCUGUAUGGACAACUACAAAUAAGCUGCCUUUACAUUUAUAUAUUGCAUUAUCCCUCACGAUUUAGAGAUUAAGCACAAACUGAAAUCAUUGCAAGAGGUCUAGCGGAUCUUAAAAGCACAAAAAGAAUUUUGUCUGAAAUGACCUUUUUCGUCACCAUUUAAAAUGUGAAGAGCACUGAGCUGAAACGUAUCAGCUUACGUUUAAAUAUUGCUGAUGGCAAUUUCUUUUUCACCCUAUCUUAUUUUCAGAAGUAUACUGAAAUCCCCAACUACCUACUGAAAUAAACACUGUUGUUAUUUUAGCUGUGGUAGGCAGUCUUUGUCGUCUCUUGGUGUUGUUGGAUGUAAAUUCUCCCCUUAACUCCUUUUUGGCAUGUUGCUUGUGUCUCCUUCUUCCCACUUUCCUUCCUUCUUGUUCCCCUGUGUUGCAUUGAAUGUUGUCUGAAGUAGGUGAAUAUAUGUACCUGUGACCCCCUCCCCUUUCCCUCCCCCCAUGCAAAGAUAAUCAUUUCACAUGAUUUUCUGUUUCUUCCCCUCUCCUUUUUUUCUGUUGUGGCUUUAACCUAGUUUUGUUGUUCGUUAUUUGUUUUUUGUUGUUUUAUUCUAGAUAUCUUCGUGCCCGUUUGUUCAUCGUUUCCCUAGCAUGUCGAUGUGACGUCAAAAGUUCAUCGUCCAGUCCGUUGUCCUCUUCGCUUCUCUGACGCUUGAAAUUUUCACCCUUGACCUUUUUUUGUGUUAACUUUUGACGCUUAGUGAUUUACUUUUGUUUGUUUUCGUGUGUUCAUUUCUGUUUGUGCUGCCAAUAGAGGGCGCUAGAAAGACUGCUGUUAUAACUAAAAUGUAAAAAGUUUCAUGAAUAUUGUUCUGAGCAAAAAGAGUCUAUUUUUCUAGAACUUGCAAACAUAACCACUAGAUUGUGCAAAAAGCUUUUAAUUUUCAUCGUUUCGUUACCCAGUUAAGUUUUUUUUCUUUUCUUCUUUAGCAAAUUUUAUUUUUUGUCAUUUUAAUGCAGUCUUCCUAGUGCACUCAGUUUUACUCAUUUGUUUUCUUCUGAAAGCAGCCAAUCAAUUUAUAGAAUCACUUUGUGUGUGAGUGUGGGUGUGUUUUUUCCUCUUUCUCUCACUUGUUAGUUCUAAACCUUUUUUUAGGAUGUUUUGCAGUCACAUUUUGCUGAAACUGAGGAUAACCUUGUAAUUUUUGUGCUAGGUUAGUUGGCAUGAUGUAAUUUUGGGAGUUCCUAUUAACAGAGUGACAUUACAAUAGACACUUGAAUUGCCUUUUUUUUUUCUUUUCCAAUGUAUUGUGUCGAGCCACCACAGGCACAUAAUGUUUUUCAUUUUCUUAUUGUGUGAAAAUCAGGAUUAGUCUGAAAUAAAAAUGCAUAAAUUGAGCAGAAUUGAGUUUGUCACAGUUAGUUAAUAUAUUAAAGUAUGCAUGUUUUUUGUAACUGCACUGACAUCCUCAGCAAAAUGUGAUUCAGUUCUGUUUAAAAUCAAAAUUAUAAAAUGAAUAAAAUGGUGCCAAAAGUUUUGCAUGUUGCUGUUGGUCACACUUUCUGUAUUUUUGUUUUUCAUGACGUUUGCUUCCACUGUGGUCCCGUUUUAAUCAUUGGUGAUUGGUACACGUCUCAAUGUGUUGAGACCACGUUUGAAAGUGAGCCUUUUCCUUUUUCUUUUCUUUCUAGAUGGAUUCUGGUAUCAUGGCUUUAUACUGACUUUACAAAUCCACUCUGUCUUAGCUCAGUCUAAGUACUCGUGCCUAUGAAAGCAAAUUUAAGCUGUUUAGUGAUUUAGCCAUUUUUGUGACAACAGUGUGGGAACUGUUUGGUUGGCAGAAAGCAUCCAAAGUAACUUUUUCAACUUUUCCAGCUCUGUUAUUGGCUCUUGUCAUAGUCUGACCACAGCUCUCUCUCUCCCAGCACUGCCUUUAGUGUAUCUCUCGUUUGAGAAGUGCCCUCUAAACCCCACCAUUUAAUUAGUGUUUGCCCUCUUGAUUUGUGCCCUGAAUGAGAGCUACAUUUGAUUUUCUUAUAUGAUCUCCUUCUGCAAAAUUUGGCACGCCCAUUUUUUUAUUAGACUUUCUUUUUUCCAACAGUAGAUUGCAAGCAAAAAAUGAUUACGGACUAAUUGGGUUUGAUGUUGAAAUUUUUUGGCAUUUUCUAUUUAGAUUUUAAGCUGCUGUUUGUGAGUUUAAAUGUACUCUGAAAAAAUUACCUGUGGGAUGUUUGUCAUUAUUGGUACAGAGUGAUUGUAUUUAAUAGUAAAAAAUUUGUACAGUUUUUGCCUUUUCUACUUCCAAGUUCUGUUUCACAAUGUGAAAUUUAAAUCCUAACACGUGGAGCCAUGUAGAACUUGCCACCAUGACCAAACAUAAGCCUGUACAAAUUAAGGACGUAAUUCUAUAAAGCAGCCUUCAAAUUGAAAUAAAAAGCUAAUUUUGUUUUGUUUUGUUUUCUUUUGUCAUUUAAGUUAUGGUUUUCAUUGGAAUUGUAGAGUGAGGAGUUCAUUAGAUGUCUAGAGGAGUGGCUUUUUUCUGAAUGUUUUCUGUUGAGGUUUAUUUAAAAUGUGAUGGUGGUUAAGAAUUUCAUGCUACUGUCUCCACAGAAAUAUAGCAACGUGCACACCCAGCAAGAAGUCAUUUUGUAGUUUAUCUUUGGUCGGGUUGUUUGUCUGAUUAAACAGAAAAGAUUCACA